UAAAGAGGUCAAGAGUCUCACCAGCAGGUAAUUGAUUCUGAGCUUCCUCCAGAGGAGAAACCAAGAGGUGCUAGAAAGAUGAAGAUUCUACUCUUACUUCUUGGAGUCGUUCUGGUUUGUGGCGGCCGCCUACCUCUUCCGGACGGCCGCCUACCUCUACCGGACGGCCGCCUACCUCUUCCGGACGGACGCCUACCUCUACCGGACGGCCGCCUACCUCUACCGGACGGCCGCCUACCUCUUCCGGACGGCCGCCUACCUCUACCGGACGGCCGCCUACCUCUUCCGGACGGCCGCCUACCUCUACCGGACGGCCGCCUACCUCUUCCGGACGGCCGCCUACCUCUACCGGACGGCCGCCUACCUGUUCCGGACGGCCGCCUACCUCUUCCGGACGGCCGCCUACCUCUACCGGACGGCCGCCUACCUCUACCGGACGGUCGCCUACCUUUACUGGAAGGCCACCUACCUUUACCGGACAGCCACCCACCUUUACAAGACAACCUUACACAGCUUUCAGGAGAAUGGAACACGCUUUUGGUCGCAGCCACCAACGUUGACAAGAUAAGCAACGGCCCAUUCCACGGUUAUAUGCGCAAAGUUGAUGUGGACAUAACAAAUGGCACAGCCGUCUUCAAUUUUUCUGUCAUGAUGAACGGACUGUGCACAGGAAAGUCUGCCGUGGGAAACAUUGGGCGUGACAAGUUUAUCAAUGUUGGUUGUAAGUACAAAAGCAGUACCACAAAGACGUUUGUAUUGCUUGGCAGAGGACUUCAUGCUGAUGACAACGACUUUGCAAAGUUCAGGGAGUUGAUGAGACAAAACAAUAUUCCCGAAGAAAAUCUUAUAGAUAUGAGCAAAACUGAGAAGUGUCCUAAAAAUGAGAGGGGCACCAACCCGUCCUGAACACUCUGCAUCACUGAGAACCAGGAACACGGUCUUCCCCAUGGAAUCAGGAUCAACAGCAUGAAGAGUAUGUUCCUUCUUUCUGCUUCACAUCAUUUUCUCUAUUCACAAACAUGUUUGCCUUUCCCAUCUCAUCUCUGUCCAUCACCAUUCAGGUCCUGUUUGGUGUUACAGGAUU